GAGCGUCCGAGAGCCGGGAAAACAGGCAGCAAUCAGCAGCGCCGCUCCUGGCUCACUUUCCCCCGGCUGACGUCAGCUGCCUGGCUGCUCUCGGCUGUCCGCUCCACCGCACACGGCGCCGCGUCAAAAUGCUGCUCUCUGUGCCGCCCAGGACCGGAGGAGUGAACGCGCACAACGGCUACCCGGGCAAAAGCAUCAAGAAGCAGACGUAUGUUUCUCCCGCCAGUCAUCAGAUGGCUCCUCCAAGCCCGAACAGCAACAGCGGCAACAGUGGCACCAUCAGCCAUGGAAGCAACAGCAGCAAUAACGGUGGCGAGCAGCUGAGCAAAACCAACCUGUACAUUCGUGGCCUCCAUCCCGGAACCACAGACCAUGAUCUGGUCAAACUCUGUCAGCCCUAUGGGAAAAUUGUAUCCACGAAGGCGAUAUUGGACAAGACGACCAACAAGUGCAAAGGCUACGGCUUUGUUGACUUUGACAGUCCAGCCUCGGCUCAGAAGGCAGUGACAGCGCUCAAAGGGGUGGGCGUGCAGGCUCAGAUGGCCAAGCAACAAGAGCAGGACCCCACCAAUUUGUACAUUUCCAAUCUGCCGCUCUCCAUGGACGAGCUGGAGUUAGAGAACAUGCUUAAACCCUUCAGCCAGGCCAUUUCCACACGCAUCCUCCGGGACGUCAAUGGAAUCAGCCGAGGAGUGGGUUUUGCCAGGAUGGAGUCUACAGAGAAAUGUGAGGCCAUCAUUCAGCAUUUCAAUGGAAAAUAUAUCAAGACUCCACCCGGAGUCACAGUUCCACCAGAGCCUUUAUUAUGUAAAUUUGCUGAUGGAGGCCAGAAGAAGCGUCAGAGUCAAGGAAAAUAUCUGCAAAACGGACGAAGCUGGACCAGAGAUGGGGAGACUGGUGGAAUGACUCUUACAUAUGACCCCAGCACAGCCUUACAGAACGGGUUCUACUCAUCUCCUUAUAGCAUCACUCCCAGCAGGAUGAUUGGACCGACUUCCCUUUCCCCUUACAUGCAUUCACCUUUAUCUACCUACCAGGUACAUAAUCCUUCGUGGAUCCAUCACCAGUCCUACAUUAUGCCGCCCACGGGAGCCGUCCUGACACCAGGGAUGGACCACACCAUGUCCAUCCAACCCACGUCCAUGAUGGGGCCCUUAGCGCAGCAGCUCAGCCACCUCUCAUUGGGUAGCAGCGGCACGUACAUGCCUGCAAACGCAUCUAUGCAGGGGACGUACGUCCCCCAGUACACCCAAGUGCCUCCCACCAAUAUCUCUGUUGAGGAAAGUGCUGUCCAACAGCCUGUUGCAAUAGAGACGCCCACUGAACACACAAGCUACCCCUACCAGCAUAACAAGUGAAGAAAAAACUCAUGGACUGUUACCACAGAAAGAACCCCCCCAAAUACUUUUACUCCAGUCUGGAAAAGAUUGCGGCUGUCAGGCUGUAAUGAGCGUGGAUGGACAGAAGGAGGCAACUAUUUUGAUAAUUCGCAUUUCAAGAAAACAUGUUUUGUUUUUGUCUUUCAUUUUGUUGUACAUAGUUUUGUUUUUUUGUGUGUGAUUCUCGCUUUUUGUGCCCUGAUGUUUAAAAAACACAAAGCUUAAAAAGAAGAAAAAAGGAACCUGAGCUGCUCACUCGCAAUCUUUGAUAGGUUUUGCUCCGAAGUCAUUUCCUGAUGCAACCAUCUUGACAACGCUUUAGACAAUCAGCCAAUUCCUGUAAACACGGUGCUUGAUUACAGAGAGAAGAGCAACAUUUAUUCAAAUCAUUCCAGUGAAUAUCUUUGUUCUCCACACAGAGCUGCCUGUACAUAGAAGACCCCAUGUAGUGACUAUGGACAUUUCCAUAAUAAUGCUUCACUACAUUUACUGUUCUGCCUGCACAUACAAGCGUGUUUUCUACAGCCAGAUCCUAUCAUCAAAAAGGACUGACGUCCACCAGUCUUCCGCUUGUUUUCAGCCAAAUUAAUACAGACAUCAAGUGUAAAAAGCAGUUUGCAUACUUUUCCUACUGGCGUUUUUCUAUGACUGCAUUAUGGUUUGUUUGUUGUUAGGGUUUUUUUUUUUUAAUGUCUUUGCUCUUUUUGUAUUAUUUAAAUGUUUUCUAUUAUAUUCAUUUGUAAUGUUUUUCAAAGAAACAGAUUUUAUUUUUGAUUGUGUGUUGUGUGCAUCAAAAAGAUGUAUCCAUCUUUUUGGUGCGUUGGCACACUUUGACUUUCUGUGUCAAUCUGUUCAUUCAGUGUCUAUAAGGCUUUAAUAUGUUUUUUUUUGUCCCCAAAUAUUUCUAUUGUGUCUGUUACAAACUUCACAAGCAUAAGGCCUGAUCUGGAAUCAAUUCCUUGUUGUUGAGGCUAGAUUUACACUAUGUUCCUAGCAGCCACAGUAUCCAGAUUUUGCACAGCGGGUAUUUGGCCAUUUUUUCUUCAUAUACAAGUUGCUGUUUUCUGGUGGCAUAUCACUGAGCCACCAAGGGUCAAUUCAAUCAUUUCUGCCUGCAGUUUACCAUGGGUGCCAGUACAUUCCCUUCUGGCCCUUCGCGUACUGCCAAGGCUUUUACGGACAAAAGUCAGACGCUUGACAGCUUUGAGAAUUUAUUGCUCCGACAGAGUUCAAUGAACCUCAGGCUGGGGUCCUACAGUUAGCGUUAGUGCACCCCCUUUAUAUAGUGCCAUUUACUAAAUAAUGUUAUUUUUCAUCAGCAACAAAGUCACCAAGCCACCUUCCGCAUUCAAAUAUGGAAAUGAGUGUUUUAAUAAUGAAGAAGGAACCUUGUCUACAAGCUUCAAAAGUCCUAGUAGAGGACAUUACGAAACACCUCCUUGAGAAAAACCAUAAAAGAUGUAAAAACAUGUCGAGUACUGAACACAUGUAGGCAAAGACCAGGCCGUUUUGUUGACAGUACUGCCGGGAACAAAGUGUAAAUGUAGCAUUAAGGUUUAUAUGUUAAAAACAAACUUACCUCAUCCACAUAUUCAGUUUUGCAUAAAGGCAAUAAGCAGUUUUAGUAAGCUCUUCCUUCACAGCUGGUACUGUGUCCGUAUAUUUUACAUGCUCCGUCCAAACUUUGCAAAUCAUGCCCGAAGUCUGAAUCUAUGCAACUAAUUUAUUAUCCUUAUAAACGCAAUAGUGCAGACUCUUACGCCUCCCUAAAAAAUAACCAAACAGUGGUCCUAUAGGGGCACUUCUGAUACAGCAACUGCAUAAAAAAGGGAACUUCUUGUGUCGUGGUUGUUGUGACUGUAGAAACACUAGGAUCUCAACUAAAUUCUGUUACCACUGUUGGCAGUCUAGCUUUAGAGAGGUCACUCAUAUCUUGUGUGGUCUGUUGCUUUUCCCUCUCACCCUGUAAUUGACCUUUCGUUAAGCCACACCGACUGACCAAUCAUAGCAAAAGGGCACUUGAAUUCAUCUCUGUGAACCAUGAAGCUGCUCCUGCUUUUUUCAGGGCCAAAUUCCACAUCACUGAAACGCCUUAGACCCACUGAAAGGACAGGAUAGAUUGCCUGGCUUGUCCUGGUCAAUUUGUUGGUUAUAUAAAAUGACUUGGAGCUUACAUCUUUGAAGCAGAAUUCAUUUUGGAGUUUUAUUGCUGUUGUUUUCACAACCAUUCUUUUUUGUGUGUGUUAUUCAAAAUGUUGAGGUGGCUUACUGGGACUAAUGAACAAUUGCUGCUAAUGUGUCCGCUUUUAGGAAUCUUAUGCCACGUCAAAUUUUCGGGUCAAGUCACAUUUCAGUUUAUGUCUGUGCCAUGAUGCUACACUUCCCAUCCAACCCUUGGGAGAAUCCCAACAGCUAUUUACUUUGAAGAAUUGUCCUUUUUAAAAAUAAAAAACCUCCACCAAGGAGGCUUGUUUUCACCUUG